CCAGGAAGCUUCCAGGUGAGAUUGAGGGCGUCAAUACACCUGACAAUUUGCGGCAAAAACUCCUGAUAUCCUCAAUCCCCAACUUCUUCUCUGCAGCCACGACAACCUCUUGUUUGACUAGAUCCAGAGCGUCGAACAUUUUCUUUGGGAGCACCCCCAAAGCUGCAGUCAGGACCACCAAAAGGGGUGGAUUCCUGCAGGACAUAGACAUGAUGAACGACCAUUAUACGACUGCAUGGAGCAAAAAAAGUGGAUGCACGGGCGCAAGCAGUGGAGCAGCACGCAAGCCGCCGUCAUGGCCCUGCUGGUGCUCGCCGCCGUGGCGGCCGAAGGCGGCAAAUCCGACAAACAAGGCAAGAAGGAGCGCAAGUCGGACUGCGGCGAGUGGCAGUGGAGCGUCUGCGUGGCCAACGAGGGCGACUGCGGCCUGGGCACCCGCGAGGACCGCGCCGGCGCCGACUGCAAGCAGACCAUCAAGACGCAGCGCUGCAAGAUCCCCUGCAACUGGAAGAAGAAGUUCGGAGGGGAGUGCAAGUACGACUUCCAGGCUUGGGGGGAGUGCGACCUGAGCACGGGCAAGAAGAACAGGACGGGCGUGCUGAAGAGGGCGCUGAUGGACGCCACCUGCGCCCCCACCGUCACAGCCAGUAAGCCUUGCGGGAAGAUUCCCAAGGCCAAGCUGCAAGAUGCCAAGAAGCAGAAGAAAGAAGGCAAGAAGCGAGAGCGCGGCCAAAUGGACUGAUGAUGAUGAUGAUGAUGAUGAAGAAGGCGCAGUGGAUGAAGAUGAAGAGGAGGGUGGCGUCGACUGUCCCUUAGGCUGCGGCAGGAGAAAGCCCGUGCAAAUGAGACCCGUAGUGUUUAUAUUUAGUCUUCUUUAGAAACAAAGACGUUAGAUUUAAUCACAUAAUCAGUACCAAUUCACUGGAAUAUUAUAUCCUUCCGAUUGCUGCUUUUCAUUUGUCGUUACCUCAAUUUACCCCAUUUUUUUUCUUCUUUAAUUCUAUUAAUCCUCAACGGUAUUAAAAUCCCUUCCAGCCCAAA